GAAAGAGAGGAAGAAGAGAGAAAGGAGAGAGAAAGAAGAGAGAAAGGCGCUUCUCGAGGGGAUUGAUAUUUUGACUUCACACUACACUACCACCUACGACACCCAAGUAUCUCCUCCAAGAUGCCUCCAAUCGACGAUGAACUCCACGAACGACUCAAAGCAGCUCUCUGGUUUUCCAUUGGAAAGAUCGUGGAAGAAGAAGCUGUGCGACUUAAUUCCAAUGCGACGAACCAAUUCAUAGGAGCAUUGACUGAGAUGGUAUGGCAUCAGAUAGAGAACGUAACAAUGGAUCUCGAAAGCUUCUCCCGGCAUGCUGGACGCUCAACCAUAACGACCGACGACGUGUUACUCGUCACCAGAAGGAAUGAUGCCUUGCACGACAUAAUCAAGGAUUUCAUCGAUCACGAGAAGGCGAAAUCUACGAAGGAAAAGGGAAAAGGUCGUGCAAAGAACGCAUAACGAGUCGUUUUCCAACUUUUAUUCAGAUAUACCAAGAUACCCAGGACGGCGGCGUUAGGAGUUGCAGUUAUUAUCCCAUCGCAGAAGAGUUGGCAAUCAGCAUUAUUUGCAUAACUAUCCUGCUCGACA